AUGACUAGAAAGCUCGCCUAUACUUGGCUACCUGCUCUGCUGCUUUCAUCUGGGGCUCUAUCGGCAAAAGUCUCGCUCAAGUACGGAACUUUUGUUGGAUACGAUAACUAUGCAAACGACGCCAACACAACACUCCCCAACCCGGUAGUCGCUUAUUUGAACAUCCCCUAUGCUGCUCCUCCAAUAGGCGAAAGGCGAUCCAAGCACCCACAAGCACCGUUGAAAAUCAUCGGAAACUUCAACUCUACUACCUAUGGCCCGGCCUGUCCUCAGCCUGGGAUACUUAACAUUGACGAAGACUGCUUGACGCUCGCUGUAUACGCUCCAAAAGGAACGAAGCCUUCGGAUAAACUCUCGGUUGUAGUCUGGUUCCAUGGCGGUGCUUUCAACGCUGGUUCGAAGAACCAAAUUAGCCUGGCAUCUAUGGUUUCCGGUGCUCCGGUGAAAUAUGUUGCAGUGGGCGUGAAUUAUCGAUUGGGCGCAUAUGGGUGGCUUCCCUCCAAUCUGACCCAAAAAGCAGGUCUAUUGAACCUGGGUCUUUACGAUCAAGCAUACGCAAUUGACUGGGUACAGAAAUACAUCAAAUCAUUUGGAGGAGAUCCAGAACAGGUGACUCUGUUCGGACAAUCCGCAGGAGGUACUACAGUUGGAUACCAUAUGUUCAAUCUUGAGAAAAAACCCAAGUUUAAGCGUGUUAUCAUGGACUCUGGAGCACCGACGGCACGAGCCAUUCCCGAUUGGACAUAUCCGGUAUACCAAACCCAGAUGUCCGAGUUUCUCAACAUUACAGGGUGCUCGAGAGGAAGCGACGAGGUCGCAACUUUUUCGUGUCUUCGAGAAGUUCCCCAGCGAACAAUAACUGACGCCAGUUUGUCGAUAUUUUCAAAUUAUUAUGGGGGGCUGGGAAUAUACCCAUUCCAAAUCGUGGUCGAUCAUAAGUACAUCUCACAGGCAGCGCAUGUCUCCUGGGAGUCUGGAGAUUUUCACAAGAUGCCAAUUUUGACUGGAUUUAAUACCGACGAGGCUAACGCUCUGGUGCCACGCAAUCUCAACACGACCGGCGACUUUUUAGGUUUCCUGAAACGCCUGUUGCCUCUUUUAUCUGAUUCCCACCUUGCGAAAAUCGAACAACUAUACCCUGCUCCUGAACACCCUAAAUCGCCAUACACAAACUCGCCACUCAGCCCCCAGUUUUUGCGAAUUGCGGCAGCGUACAGUGAUCUCUCGUAUAUCGCGCAAGUCCAGGCUACGUCUAUCUAUGCUUCCAAAGCCAAUAUCUCUGUCUGGAAAUAUCACUUUGACCAUCUGACGCCGGGGGCUGAUUCUUGGAUCGGCGUCAACCAUACGUCUGAACUACCAUUUGUGAGCAAAAUAUGGGCCAACAAACUUACGGGCCAGGUCGCAGAUCAGUCGAGGCUAAUGAACGGCUACUGGAGCUCAUUUAUUGUUUCGGGCGACCCGAACACUCAUGUGCCUAAAUCCGCCCCUUUUUGGCCGCGGUACCUGAUCAACAAGCAGACAGAACUUAGGCUUACGAACGGGACCGCCUACCCACAGCGAGAUGAUUUCAGGAGGGAGGCUAUGGACUUUUGGAGGGGUAUUCCAGAGGUGCUUAUGCACUAA